CAGACGACUCGUUUAUAUCCCACACACCUGACCCUGUCUUUGUCUCGUCGCUUAUCAGCUCGAACAUGACCUCUUGACACGAGAUCUUUGGGUUCGUCAGACAGGUACUCAUCCCUUUGACCAUGCUGUUGGGCGUGUCGCGCGUCUCGCGUGCCGCCCUCACACUCCGAACACUGACGUUUUCGACGACUCGGCCGGUCGUAUUAUCUUUCUCGCACAGGUCCUUCUACGAUACUCAAGGGCCACAUUUUGACGACCCUUACGAUACUGACAAUGAAUUCAUCUUAUCCAUUCUCCAAUCCUCUCCCUCCAUGCGGGAUUCUCGAUCCUACCUCUCCUCCUUUACCACACCCGAAGUUGAGGCUCCUCUUCCUAUAGAAUCCAUCACACCAGAUUCUUCCCUUCCUGUAUUCACCGUUUUGCCCGAUGCGAUCCACCCUACUCCUCCACCAUCAUCAGCGAAGAAGCCAGGUCAGAACCCACUAGUCACGUCAUUGUUGAAUCCGCGAGUUCGACGUCCAGCCCUAGUCAAGGUCCAAGGACCAUUCAAUGAUGUUCAACUGGACUCUGUAGCGAAAGGUAUGGCUCGCCUCCAAAAGCUGGGUUUGGUGUCUGUCAUCGUCGUGGACAGGGACGAUAUACCCAUCUUUGAACCUUCCGACAACAUCGCUGCUCAGCGCCAGAGAACAUUGAUGUUACGCGAUGUCGAGCGGAUGGUUCAUUUCUUGAACCGACAUCGAGCGCCUGCAAGACCUGUCCUCGCCACGGUCACUCGACAAGGAGAUGAGGAGCACAGACGAGAGGUGUUCGUGGAGGAAGAAGGCUUAGAUCACGUCAGACGAGCCGUUCAAGAAGGUGAAAUUCCAGUCUUGCUUCCGGUCGCUCUGGAUCCAGAAUGCAGGUCUAGACGCGUAGGCGCCAAUGCUGUCCUGGCUGCUCUGGCCAAGGCAAUGUCAGGGAAACCAAGCUCAUCUUCCCCUGCCUCAACCAGUCAACCGAUGGAUCUCACUCCUAUGCGAUUGCUAGUCAUCAAUACAGAAGGUGGGAUCCCAUCGUACGCUCGAUCAGGUCUACCUCAUCUAUCCAUCAACCUAGCUUCAGAGUACGACUAUAUUCACGAUACCUUCAGCCCUGAAUGGACGUCGACCCAUCCGACGGCCCUAGCCAAUCUUGCGCUUGCUAAUGCAUGUCUCGAGCACAUGCCAAGGGAUGCCAGUGCUCUCGUUGUCUCCCAUCGGUCGCCCGCGGCCAUGAUCGGCAAUCUCAUUACCAACAAGCCAGCGCAUUCCGCUUCGCUUCCUCAUUCCCUCCUCAAUCAAAGCGAAGGACGUAUCACUCGAGAUACACCAACAUUGAUCAGAAAAGGUCAACCUGUACGCGUCCUCCGAUCAAUCGAAGAGGUCGAUCGAGAAAAGCUCACAGAGCUGCUGGAGCGAUCGUUCAGACACAAAUUGGACGCUGAGAAGUACUAUGCUCGAUUGGAGCGGGAUCUCGAUUUCGUCAUCGUCAUUGGUGAUUACUCCGGAGCGGCAGUGUGUACUUUGGAAGGCCAAAACUCAGCUGAUAACGAUGACGAACCCAUCUGUUACCUGGACAAAUUUGCAGUGUUGCCACAACACCAAGGAGACGGGACGGUCGAUUUCCUUUGGGUAGCUCUCCGUGAUGAAACGUACGGCUUGGGUUUGCUGGACGCUGCGAAUCCCUCGGAGGGAUCGCUCUCAGGCAAAGGCAAAGGUCGGGAUUUAGUAUGGAGGAGUCGUGCCAAUAAUCCCGUGAACAAGUGGUACCAUGAACGUUCAUCCGGAUUCCUCUACCUGCCUCUGGAAGGCAGCUCGACAGAGGGAGAGCCCGCACCAUCUGGGUGGAAAAUGUUUUGGUGCGAUGCUGAGCAGAGGCUUCGAGAGAAAGCUAGAGAGCAGGGACGUGAAUUCGGGGGUGGAAGAUUGGUCAAGGUUGUAGAAGAUGAAGAGAGGGGUAGGCUGGGAAGAUGGGCACCUGUCAUCGGGGGCAUCAAGGGUGCAUGGCUAGACUGAAAGAUCCAGUUUGCCUAUAGACGUAUAUAGAGG